GCACGCCCGCGCGCUGCGUGCGGCGCUGUGGCUGGUGGUCCGGGGCUGCCGUGCGUUACGAGCAAACAACUGCUGCAUGAUACCGCUGGGGCGGCGUUCCAUGCAAAAAAAGCACCGCUGAGGGCGCCGCCGCUGGGCAGCCUUGCCAGUCAGGCAUGCAAGUCACGCGCGAUGAUCUCGCCGAGUUCGAGCGCCUGCUUGCUAAGCUCCGGGAGAAUCCAGCUGCGGUCGACGAGGAGGCGGACCUGCCCGCUGCCGAGUACGCACGGAUAACGUACGUGACGCUCGUCCUACUCGUCUACGUGAACGUAUCAAUGGUCAUCUCCAUAUGUACGACCGGGGUAGAGGGCAAUCUUUCGCAGAUCGAAUAUCUCGUCUAUCCUCUUUGCUUCACGGCGAAUUGCGGCCUCCUCGUGUUCGGCGCGCUCGACUCCGAGGCGGCGGGGAGGCGGGCCAUAAAGCUCCUCCGCGGCUGGCUUAUCACCCUGAUUAUUAUCAUCCCACCGCUCUACUGGACAUCCGGAAUGCACGAAGAUGCCGUGCUCCUGGUUUUUUACAUGGUUAUCAAUGCUAUCUUUUACCCUUGGCUACUAGAUUCAAUGCGCGAGCUCUUGCGCACGAGGUAUAAGGGUUCGCUCACAACCCAAGCACAUUUUUAUACAAAUCGCGCGCUCAAGCUCGGUGCUUUCCAGAUCGUGCUCCUCGUGUCUGCCGUGGCCCAGGGCAUCGAUGGAGCAGAUACGUUCCUUCGGGUUUACGCAACGUUCAGCUUCAGCAUGAACUUGAUAAUAGCGUGGAUCUACGUCAUCGCGAUCUUCGACGUCUGUGCAGUCGACGGCCGCGCGGCCGCCAAACUGCGGCUCUCUCCGCUGCAGGCCGCGGCGGUUGCCUCGGUCGGUGGCGUGGCGUUUUCCGGCCUUGCGGGAUAUGUUUUGUCGCAAAGACGACCUUCCAAGCGGGCUGCGCACGCGACGGUCUACUCAUUGUUGUUCUUCAACUUCUUGUGUUAUAUUUUCGUCGGCCGAUUAGUGUGGGUCGCCCGGCGAAAGGCACCCGACGGCUCCGCCGCGAGCGGGCAGCCGGUUAAGGACGAGGGUCUCGAGGCUGGAGGUGUGUUCGACGUCCCCGGCGCGUAA